AAUCCGGAGCGGUCGGAGGAGGCCUGAGGCUGCAGGUUCCUCGGCGGACCCAGGAGGCCGAGAAAGGAGUGUCCGGGAGCCAGGAGCCAUGGCCGUGGAGAACAUCAACGAGCUGCCAGAAAACAUCCUGCUGGAGCUGUUCACCCACGUGCCCGCCCGCCAGCUGCUGCUGCGCUGCCGCUUGGUCUGCAGCCUCUGGCGUGACCUCAUAGACCUCGUGACCCUCUGGAAGCGCAAAUGCCUGCGUGAGGGCUUCAUCACCGAGGACUGGGACCAGCCUGUGGCCGACUGGAAGAUCUUCUACUUCCUGCGAAGCCUCCACAGGAACCUCCUGCACAACCCGUGUGCCGAAGAGGGAUUUGAGUUCUGGAGCCUGGAUGUGAAUGGAGGCGAUGAGUGGAAGGUGGAAGACCUCUCCGGAGACCAGAGGAAGGAAUUCCCCAAUGACCAGGUCAAGAAAUACUUCGUGACUUCUUAUUACACCUGCCUCAAGUCCCAGGUGGUGGACCUCAAGGCCGAAGGGUAUUGGGAGGAGCUGAUGGACACGACACGGCCGGACAUCAAGGUCAAGGACUGGUUCGCAGCAAGGCCAGACUGCGGGUCCAAGUACCAGCUGUGCGUUCAGCUCCUGUCAUCAGCGCAUGCGCCUCUGGGGACCUUCCAGCCAGACCCAGCAACGAUCCAGCAGAAGAGCGAUGCCAAGUGGAGAGAGGUCUCACACACGUUCUCCAACUACCCACCCGGCGUCCGCUACAUCUGGUUUCAGCACGGAGGCGUGGACACUCACUACUGGGCCGGCUGGUACGGCCCGAGGGUCACCAACAGCAGCAUCACCAUUGGGCCCCCCCCGCUGCCCUGACGCCCCCGAGGCCCCAUCCGCAGAACCCUGACUGGUAAACUGUUGUCAGAGAAAGGCUGGGCUUGGGAAGGGGAGGUGGGCCAGGCUCCCCCAGAUCUCCUAGUUCACCCUCGCCCCCCAGUCGCCUCUUUGUGGAGCCUCCCAUGCUGCAGACAGCCAGCUCUCUGCCUGAGGGUGCAAUCUGAAUGAUGAUUCGGGCUGUGUAUACCUUUAAGAGACAGGGCCCUUUAGGGAGGUACAGGAUGUUCCCCCAGGUUCCUCCCCAGACUCCUCUGAGGGUGGGUGUCCAAGCUCAGAUGGCAACCUAGAUCUGUGUUUUACCUUCCCCUCCUGGGCCUUCCCCCCUAUCUUUUUGGGGGCCCUCGGAGGAGGGACAGUGUGGAGGACAUCUGGCAAGCUUGGGGCUGCCCUGGAUAGAUGCUGGGAGUCGACUGUGUAGCUUAGACAGAUCUGGGAGUGGAAGGACGGGCUCUGCCGGCCUGACCUCUGCCCCAUUCUCUGCUGCUCCCACGCCCUCGCUAGGCCUGCCUGCUCAGGGAGGUGGCUGUGGCCCAGAGGCUCAGGCCUGGUCUGAGACGGGCAGGCCCAGGGUGGGGUGGAGUCGACGCCACAUCUGGACUGUCCUUACCAUCAUUGAAGCCCCAAAAGCCAGAAUGGGUGGGACUCUCCAGAAGAACUCUGGAAUCCGGUGCCGGGGAACCCAGGGCAGGUGGGUACAGGAUUGGGCUCUGACUCUGAGAGCUAGGAUGUGUGAGCAUAGGAUGAGUGUGGGGGCGGGGGUCUUCAAGGACCGCCUGUCCACCUCCAUGCCCACACCAGGCUCCCUGUGGCGUGGAGAGCAAUCCAAGCCCCCACCCCACCAUUGGAGCUGCCAUUCACAGGCCCUUCCCACCUGCCCUCUGCCGCUGCCUCCUCCAGCAGUGCUCUGACCCUACCCCUCCUGCAUGCAGCCAAAUAAAAGGGUU